AGAACCUGGAAAAGUAACCCACUUGGUCCCAGAGAAUACAUGCAAACUCCACACAGGCAGCCCCCGAGGUCGGGAUUGAACCCAGGUUUCAGGUGCUGUGAAGCAGCAGCUGUGUCACUGUGUCACUGCCUAAUUUAUGGAUCCCAGUGAAGGGAGGUGGAGCUUAUGUACAGGACAUCCAGGAUGGGUUCAUUGGACUGAAAGGAGAGAAUGUAUAUGCAACUUGAUCUUGGCAUCUUGGGGUUAAAAACACUUCUGGUAAAGGAACAACAGCUGCUUUGGCUGGACAUUAGGCUGUGGCUGUUACUUAAGCUCAAAUAAACUCAGUGAAAGUACUAAAUAGGUCACUAUUAUCCAAUGUAUAUGAGGAAAUGGCCUCAACCUUAGUCAUCACCCUCACACAUUGAAGUGCCCGUCUCAAAGCCACACGGUGGCUCCUGAACACUUCCCAGUGAUGUAGUUGUACAUCUGUAAAACAUCAUUUUAAUAUUCAAACAUUGUGCUUGAUUGUUUGAAACAAACAUCGACUUUUAUAAGAAGGAAUAGGUGACAUUUAGGUUCGAGACCCUUCUUCAGUCUGAAACGUCACCUAUUCCUUUUCUCCAGAGAUGCUGCCCGACCCACUGAGUUACUCCAGCAUUUUGUGUCUAUCUUUGGUGUGAACCAGCAUCUGAAGCUCCUCCCUACACAUAUAUUUUAUGAUAUUAAUUAACUGAAUGGUCCACAGGACACAGACGUGUGUGCAUAGUCAGUGUGCUGGAUAGGUGACGUUUCGAUCUGGAACCCUUCAUCAGUCUGCAGAGAGGUGCCGACCUGAAACGUCACCUAUCCAUGUCCUUCGCGGGUGAUGCCUGGCCUGCUGAGUUACUCCAGCACUAUGUGGGGUUCUUUUGUUGGUAAAACUGCACCUGCAGUUCCUGGUGUAUAUUCCGUUUUUGACACGUUUUGUUCUAUUUUAAUGUAUUAAUUCAAGCCAUGUUUACUGUCAUAUGCACAUGUUUGGCGAGGUAUAAGUGCAAUGAAAAUCUUGCUUGCAGCAGCAUCACUGGGACCAGGACACAAACAAACGCACAAAAACAUAAAUUACACAUACGUGUUACAAGACAGUGAAAAAAAGACAUUAGUGCACAAUUAGAAAACAAGUCCCUGGUAGUGCAAGAGAUAGCUCACCAGCUCCGUAGCUGAGGGAGGAUUAGGGUUGUGUUGGGGAGUUCAGCCGAUGGCGUGUACCAGGUUUAUGUAGUUAAGCUUUCUGUGCUGGCCAUCUGUCCAUGGGAGAUUAUCCCUCUGAUCCAAGGGAUGUGAAUUUCGGGAAGCGCAGAGUCAAUCCUGCUGCUGAUAAAUGGGUGGUGGGCUGUCUCGAAGCCGCAUCAUUUCUCAUCAGCUUGCAACUUCAACCUCCAGGAUGGCCCAGAAAACGGUCUUGGUCACCGGCUGUUCCUCUGGGAUUGGCUUGGCCAUCGCAAACAAACUGGCCAAGGACCAUGAGAAACGAUUUAUGGUCAUUGCUACCAUGCGGAAUUUGGACAAAAGGAACGACCUUGUGGAUAUUGCAGGGACUGCACUGGGAAAAACACUGGAAAUUAAACAGCUGGAUGUUUGCAGUGAAAAGUCAAUUCACGACUGCAUCAACAGCAUUCCCAACAGGAGGAUCGACAUACUCAUUAGCAAUGCGGGGAUGGGGAUGAUUGGACCCAUCGAAUGCCAGUCGUUGGAUGAGAUGCAGAGAGUUAUGGACACUAAUUUCUUUGGACUUGUUAGACUGCUUAAAGAAGUCUUGCCAGACAUGAAGAGGAGGAAGAGAGGCCACAUUGUGGUGAUCAGCAGUGUCAUGGGUAUUCAAGGGAUAUUAUUCAAUGACAUAUAUUCUGCUUCGAAAUUUGCAGUGGAGGGAUUUUGUGAAAGUUUGGCGAUCCAGGCCAUAAAAUUCAAGUUAAACAUAACUCUAAUCGAGCCUGGCCCUGUUGUCACUGAGUUUGAAAAGAAGGUCUAUGAAGAGGGAACAAAAAUUGAUUUGUCUGCUGCAGACCAGGAAACAAGAGACAUUUUCACAAACAUUUACUUGCGCAACUACAAGGAAAUAUUCUCAAGCCUGGGACAAAGUGCAGAUGAAGUGGCUGAGCAUACAAUGAAGAUCAUCCUGUCAGACAACCCUCCAUUCCGUCAUCAAACAAACACGCUUUACACCCCCAUGACUACGCUGAAGUACGUGGAUCCUAGUGGAGAUCUUCCCAUUGACACCUUCUACAAGAUGGUCUUCCAUCACGACAAAGUCUUCCAUGCCAGCCUCAAUGUUAUCAAAUUGCUAAGAUGGAGAAGCAGGAAGAAUUUUAAUCUUGGGAGACCAAACAGUAAGGAGUAGCUUUAUUCAUCACAGCAGUGGAAAAACAAGUAGUCAUCUCUUGUUAAUCUUAUUUCUGAAUGGACUGUUAUCAUUUUUUUUGAAGCAUCUCUCAUGGUUUCUCAUGAUCUAAAACAUCUGAUGCCGCUCUUUAAACAUAUUCAAAUAAGUAGUAAAUUUUUUAAAAGGGUAGGUAAAUUGAGAAAAGCCUUUUGGCUCCUCACCUGCACGGUUAGAAGUCCUGCACCUCAAUUAGGUAGGAGCCCUGAAUUAAGAUGUUUAGAUCUCAUCAUGAUGUGGAUGGUAUUGAGGGAUAAGCCUAGAGAAAAGGGCGCUCCAAUUUCUAAGUGGUUAUUUGAAUGGGAUCACAGAGUUUGGGGAGGGAACUAAUGCACCCAAAAUCAUUACAGCUCUUCAUUUAAAGGGGUUAGCAGGCCUUGGGGAUGUCCGGGUGCAGGUUUAGGAGUGACGUGCACAAGGUCUCGGAACCUUGAAUUGGAAUGAUUAUUGUACACACCUGCCUGGAGUUUCUUUUGCCAGAGGUCAACUGGCACUGGAAUUGGCUGCCUCAAGGCAAACCAAAAUGGUAGCCAGGACUCAAACCAUGCAUGAGACCUUUUAGUUGCAAAUUCAGAUACUCUAAAAGCAUGCAACAAUGGAUAACACGUGCCUCUUCAUAACCCUUCACCAAAUAUGGGACGUAGACAAAAAAUACUGGAGAAACUGAGCAGGUGAGGCAACAUCUAUGGAGAAAAGGAGUAGGCAAUAUUUCGGGUCGAGACCCUUCUUCAGUCGACCCGAAACAUCGCCUACUCCUUUUCUCCAUAGAUGAUGCCUCACCCACUGAGUUUCUCCAGCAUUUUUUGUCUACGUCCCACUUUAAGUCUGAAGAAAGGGUCUCGACCCGAAGCGUCGCCUACUCCUUUUCUCCAUAGAUGAUGCCUCACCCACUGAGUUUCUCCAGCAUUUUUUGUCUACUUUCGAUUUUUCCAGCAUCUGCAGUUCCUUCUUAACCAAAUAUGGGACAUUGAGUAUGUCCCAUUGGAAACCAUCAACAUACCAUAUGCCAUGUUCAACCUGAUAUGCCAUAGUAGUUCCGAAAAUA